UUCACUGGAAAGUUGUUAAACUGUAUGCCUUAUAAAUCUUUUUUUCUUGUACAGUAUGUUUAAAGAUUUUACUCCUCAUCACCUCCAGUGGAACCCUGCCAUCUGCUAGAUCAUCCUCAUUAACAUUAUUUUGCUUACAGCAUCAAAUCUGUGUUUCUAUUGAACCUGUUUGCACCAGCACUUUUCCCUUUUCACCCCACUGAGCGUGAAUGGAGGGUAUUUGUGCCAGCGUGUGGGUCAUGAGGUUCCUGAAUAGCAUCAGGAGCUGCUGGAUGUUUCUCUUCUACUUUGUGGUGGCUGUACAGCACCUUUCGAGAACAAUGUGAGGAUGAAAUAAGUCCAGAGAUUUGGGUUACAUUCUGGCAUUUUGGGACAAAUGCAUAGAGAAGAGCAGGUACAAUUAUUGAAAGACUGACACAUACCAUAAGAACACAAUGGCACAGCACAGUCUUCUGAGCUUGUGCCAUGUUCUCGUGUUGGCAUUGUGCGUUUCGGCAGCUGAGGAUUUUGACUGGACCAAGAAUGAGAAAGGAUCCUUUCAUUAUGGCACUUUCCCUACUGCAUUCUCUUGGGGUGCUGGCAGCUCAGCAUAUCAGACUGAGGGAGCCUGGAAUAAAGAUGGCAAAGGGAUGAGCAUCUGGGAUGUGUUUUCACAUAAAAUAGGCAAAACCCACCUGAACGACACUGGAGAUUCUUCCUGUGAGAGCUACUACAAACUCAAGGAUGACAUCUUGUUAAUGAAAGACAUGAAGCUGAAUCACUACCGAUUUUCUAUUUCCUGGCCAAGGAUCCUACCUACUGGAAUUAAGUCUGAUCAAAUCAAUGAAAAGGGAAUACAGCACUAUGACAAUCUCAUCAAUAUGCUUCUGGAGAGUCAGAUCACGCCCAUUGUAACCCUUUAUCACUGGGAUUUGCCUCAGGUUCUUCAGGAGAAAUAUGGUGGUUGGCAGAACAGCAGCAUGGUCAAUUUCUUUAAUGACUACGCCAACCUGUGCUUCGAGAGAUUUGGUAAUCGGGUAAAACACUGGAUCACUUUUAACAAUCCAUGGUCAGUUGCAGUGGAGGGUUAUGAGACUGGUGAACAUGCUCCUGGACUGAAACUGAAAGGCACUGGCGCCUACAAGGCUGCCCACAACAUCAUUAAGGCUCAUGCUAAAGUUUGGCACACUUAUGACAUCCAGUGGCGAAGCAAACAGAAAGGGCUAGUGGGCAUCUCUCUGUCUACUGACUGGGGGGAGCCAGUGGACAUCACCAAUCAGAGGGACAUUGAAGCAGCUGACAGAUACAUGCAGUUUUACCUGGGCUGGUUUGCUGCACCACUCUUCAGUGGAGACUAUCCUCAAGUGAUGAAGGAAUAUGUAGGCAAGAAGAGUGCACAGCAAGGCCUGGGGAGUUCCCGUCUGCCCACUUUCAGCCCACAUGAGAAAAGUUACGUCAAGGGCACCUGCGACUUCUUGGGAAUCGGCCACUUCACCACACGCUACAUCACACAGAAGAACUUUCCCUCAAACCGUGGAGGUACUUACUUUACUGAUCGGGACCUAGCAGAGCUCGUAGACCCGCUCUGGCCUGAUCCUGGUUCUGAAUGGCUCUACUCUGUGCCGUGGGGCUUCCGUCGGCUGCUUCACUUUGUGAAGACGCAGUAUGGAAACCCUAUGAUAUAUGUGACAGAAAACGGCGUCUCAGAGAAGAUAGUGUGCACUGACCUGUGUGAUGAAUGGAGGAUACAGUACUUCAGGGAUUACAUCAAUGAAAUGCUUAAAGCGGUUAACGAUGGGGUAGAUGUGAAAGGAUAUACAGCGUGGUCUCUGCUUGACAUGUUUGAAUGGGAUGAGGGCUACUCUGAGCGAUUUGGCCUGUACUAUGUGGACUUUGACAGCAAAAAUAAACAGCGUUACCCAAAAGCCUCUGUUCAGUUCUACAAACGCAUCAUCAACUCCAAUGGCUUUCCCAAUCAGAGAGAGAUUGAGAGCUGGAAAAGGAAAGCGACAGAAACCUGCACCUCUAGUAACCAGCUUCUAGCAGCAGAUCCACUGAGCAGUCACAUGGAGCUGGUGACGGAGAUCGUGGUUCCUACCGUGGGUACUGUCUGUAUUCUUCUCACUGCCGUCUUCCUCAUGUUCCUCCUGAAGAGUCGCCUCUGAGGCCUUGAGUUCUGUACAUGCCAGCCCUUCCUGUCCUUCUUAAGCACAUUCCUCUCUUCUUCAUCUGUAGCCUCUGGAGUUAUCGAAUACCUUCUGUACAGCAAAUAAAAGACACAGUUACGUCAUUAUUGUCAGUAUUACUAACAGCAACAUUAUGAAAGAAAUCUGCUUGUACGUGAAAUACAUCGCUGGAAAAUGUCCCAUUGCAAAACAAUAUAUUAAACUCUCAGUGGACAACUUAAUGAUUUGCUGUUUGAUCUGAGGUAAGGGUGAAUUUUGGAAUCUCCAUGUGGCUAUAGACAUUCUGGAUUAAUAUUUGGUACUUCACUUAAAAACAUACCUUUUUUUUGUUUUGUAAUUCUCUGAGAGAUCAUAAUGAAAGUCGGUAUAUGCGAAUGCACGAUGGAAAUGCGAUGUGCAACAUCCAUAUCUUAAAUAAAGGUCAUAACCCUAUAUUUAGUUUCAUUUUCUCUUAUGUUGUAUGUCUCUAAACAAACUCUAAAUCAGUCAGUGAAACCAAACUCAACUAAACAAUAUGACAAUUACACAUAAUAUAAAAUAAAAAUAGAAGAAUUAGCAACAAAUAAAUGACAUUACACAUUCAACACACACACACACACACACACACACACACACACACACGCUGUAUGUUUGGCACAAUCUAAACUUUACAAAAAUAAAAACAGUAAUUUAUGUAAUCCAUUCAUCUCCAGUAACCACUUUAUUUUGGUCUGGGUUGUGGUGGUUCCAGAGCCUGUCCCUGGCAAACUGGACAGAAAUACAUCCAAAACGGUAAACUCAUUGACAUCUCAGGACAUCUACCAGCAUGUGUAAGCCGUAGCAGCACAAUGGUGCAGUCAGUAGUGUUUGGCUUUCUCUAUACAGUGUGGUUUUCCUCUGGGUUCUCCGGUUUCCUCCGACCUCCCAAAACAUUCUAGUGUUUGGACUGGCUGAUAGUGUGAAUACGUGUUAUAGUGUGAAUAACAGUUUCUUCCAUGAGGCAGUCAUUUUACUCAACACCCUGUUGUCUCCCAACGCUCACCUGGGCUAGUCAAACACCUAACUCAGUAUGACUCUGUACCACUGCACUCUGCACUUAACAAAGCUGCAUCAGACACUUUAUGGAAAA